AGAGAAAAAGAAAAAAAGGACCAAAAGCGAGGUGGUGUUCUCUCUAUUCUCUCUAUCUAUCUUCCCUAAUCUUCCGAAUCCCCCAAUUCCGUUCAGGCUUCACCGCUCUCUGAUCGAACUCGGGGUUUCCCGUAGCGUCGGAUUUAAGUUAUUCCGAUUCCGUUUCUUCGUCUAUGAAUUUUUGUUUUUGUUUCGUAACUUAUGGUCAGUUUUUUCACCGCCGGUGAAUUUCUUCCGGUCCGAGACGGUUUCCGGCGGCGUGUGGAGGUCGGAAACGGAUCGGUUUAAUGUUUGUUUGCUUUCAACGAUUUUGAGGAUUUUUUGUUUUGAAUUAAAUGUGAGAUUGGGAGAGAGAAGGCCAAUUGUGCUUGCUCGUUUUUGGAAUUUGAGAGAUUAAUGGAGCAGAGCGAAACGGUUUCCGGUACGGCGCCGAAGAAAUUGGCGAGGCAAUUGGAUUUCACGGCGCCGGUUCAGCCGUCCGUUAACUCUGCGUUGCCGGAGCGGUCUGGACCGGCGGCGGUUCAAGUACAGUCGCAGACACAGCCGCAUCUGCGGGCGCAUCCACAGACGCAGCCGUGGUCACAGCCACAGCUACAGCUACAGUCACAGUCACAGUCACAGCCACAGCAGCUGCAUAACUCGCCGGCACAGUUGGCGUUACAGUCACAACAGCAGGGGACGGUGGUGCAAUCGCCGAAGCCGUAUUUGACGCAGGCGGUCUUGCACUUUCAGGCGAGGCCGGUGGGGCCUACGAUGCCCGUGAACGGCCGGAUUGCGCACUUGCCACCGAAAUUGGGAAAACACGAGUCUCCUAAACCACGCGCACGCAGCGAAGCGAAAGAAAGUACUCCAAAGAAACAAAAGCUGUGCAAUUGUAAAAAUUCACGGUGCCUCAAGUUGUACUGUGAGUGCUUUGCAGCUGGAAUUUAUUGUAAAGGAUGCAACUGCAUAAAUUGUCAUAAUAAUGUGGACAAUGAAGCUGCUAGGCAGGAUGCGGUUGGAGCAAUUUUAGAGCGUAACCCAAAAGCAUUCAGACCAAAGAUUGCUAGCAGUCCACAUGAAUCUCGCGAUUCUUGGGAAGAUGCUGGGGAGGUUCAAAAGCACCACAAAGGAUGUGCUUGCAGGAAGUCUGGGUGUCUCAAGAAGUACUGUGAGUGCUUCCAAGCCAAUGUUCUGUGUUCUGAAAACUGUAAAUGCAUGGACUGCAAGAACUUUGAUGGAAGUGAAGAAAGAAGGGCUAUCUUUCAUGAAGAUCACAAUACGAUAGCCAACAUGCAACAGGCAAAUGCUGCCAUUAGUGGGGCCAUUGGAUCUUCUGGGUUUGGGCCUCUGGUGUCCAGACAAAGACCGAGCGAUGAACUUUUUUCUGGCAUUGGAGCCAGAGAUCAAUCAGUUCACCGGAUUACACAGGCUCAGCAGGAAAAUCACUUAAGACCUCCUAUGGCCUCUUCUUCUCUGUUAUCUGUUCCUACUUUUGGUACUCCUAAUGCUGCAGUAUCAGGAUCUUCAAAACCCACAUACAGAUCUAUGUUGGCAAAUAUCAUCCAACCGGAGAACAUAAAGGAUCUGUGUUCACGUCUGGUUGUAGUUUCAGGAGAAGCUGCAAAGGCACUUGCAGAAAAUAGGCAAAAAGAGAUGAUUGAUAAGACUACUACCAUCUCAGCCACUCGAGAGGGGAAAGAAAGUAAAAGGGAACAAGAUCAAAAUUCUGCGCAUGGUGACCGUUUGGGAAUGAAUCAAGCAGAUAGAGAUGGCAGCAGUGGUUCUGGAUCAGAUGGAGGCGAUGUGCAAAAUAGUAGACCAAUGUCCCCUGGAACACUUGCCCUGAUGUGUGAUGAACAAGAUAAGAUGUUUAUGGCAGCUGAGCUGCCAAAUGGGAUAACAACGAAUAGUCCAAGCACAACUCAGAAUCCAUCUCAGGAAAUAGGUUGCACGGAGGUUUAUGAAGAGCAGGAAAGAGUUGUCCUCACAGGAUUCAGGGAUUUCCUAAACCUUCUUAUUACUCGUGGUAGUAUAAAAGAAACAAUGUGUUCUCCCAUAGCCAAAAGGGAGAGGGAAAUCCAAAAGGAUUCUGUAGAGGGUGGAACCCCAAAGAAACCCAGGUGCGAGAAAGCAACAUACAGCAAUGACAUUGGGAAAUCUCCUGCUUCAACAAAUGGUAAAGUGCUUCAGUCAGUAGUCACUUAUGUCUCUGAAGUUGGAUUGCCCUUGAAAAAUAAUACUGGGCAAUAAAAUCCCAUUGAUAGAGUCGUUACUUUAGGAUAGGAUUAGAUCAAGUGUUAUCACUGUUGAGACAUUUGGGCAUGAUUUCUUGCCAUAUCAGUUUACCUUAGGUCUUGUAAAACAUUUUUGGAGAAUCUAGUCAUAAGUAGACCCUUCUGUUUCAGCAUAAUUGAAAUCCAAAAAUAGUUCUAAAUUUUGUUA